AUGGAGAGUAAAGCUCAGACAAAAGAGAGACCUAAAUCAACUAACCAAAGGAAUCCUUCUAAUUUGAUAAAGCUAUUCAAUAUAAAGGGGAUAUAACCAAGGCUAAAGAGGACUGAGAAAAUAGUAAGGAUGGAUCAAAAUUAUCCAAGUCUUCCAUGGUUUCCCUCUUAACAAAGGGACUGCAAGAUAAAUUCUUAAAUAAACUUGAAGAACUUGAUAAAGAAGAAAAGAUAAGGAUGAAUAAUGGAGUAUCCCUCAAUGCUAAAACUCCGAGUGAGGAAGAUGUUAAAUAGAAUUUUGAUCAUGAAUCCAGCCCACAGAACUUGAGAAGAUCUGACUCAUCUCUCUGUUUAUUUCAACCAGUUUGAUUUACUCAGCAAAAUUCUUGAGCAUAAUAAUAGUGCAGAGAUGAGACUGAGAAUGUAUAGAAGUUUGAAAUUUAAACAAGCUAAGCAAGGCGAACACGUUUUUAAGUUCGGGGAUUUUGGAGAUUUAUACUACAUUUUGAUAAAAGGAGCGGUCGAUGUUAUCGUCCCGAUUCCUGAAGAACAUAUGUUUACAAAAUAUCAACUUCUUAGGCAUUGAAUUAUUAAUAAAGACGAUAUCUAUCUUCAUGAAACAGAUCCUGAGAAGCAAAAUCCAUUACUAGAGCAUAUCCAUAAAAUACUGAAUAAUGAAAAGAAGAUGGAUGCUCUUUUGAAAAAGUCUGAAGAGGAAAUAUUGAGCCAGAGAGAGAAAUAUGUUAUCAAAACGAUGACUAAAGUCCACAACUAUGUUCCAGGAGAAGGGUUUGGAGAGCUUGCACUUACUAAUUCUAAACCAAGAGCUGCUUCCAUUCUUGCAACGGAGGAUAGCCAAUUCGCAGUUCUGUCAAAGAGAGAUUUUGAGAUCAUCAUAGGCGAAGCUGUCAAGAAAGAUUUUGAUAAGAAGACUACCGUCCUUAGAAAUAUUCCUGCUUUCACUCAUUUAACCAGGAAUUCUCUUAAAUAAGCUAACAUUUUACAUGAGUGAACAUUCUAUCAGCAAGGACUGAUUUCUUUUUAAAGAGAAUGAGGAGAUCCAGGGCUUAUAUCUGAUAAAAUCAGGAGACUUUGAAAUCUCUCAGAAGUUUAGGAAGGAAUUGAAGGAAAAAUAUACUGGGCAUGCAUUCCCUGUUAAGGUCAAGAGGAAUAUCAAGUGAUGCCUUGCUGGAAAUAAUGAAGCAUUAGGCCUCGAGUACAUAAUUGCUGGGGCUGAGAACCACACCUUUUCGUGUUAUUGAGUUUCUACACAAGGGACUUACUACUUCCUGGAUAGAAAGAAAGUUUCAGAAUGGUUAAAGAACAGAAUGAUUAAAGAAAAAUUUAUUGAAAUGUAUAAUGAUCAGCAAAAAUUAUUCUCUGAGAGACUUUCCACUAACACUAAGCUUCUUGAUCUUGAGAUUAGCAUAAUUCAGGAUGAGAUUAUCAAAUCUAAUGCUAGAAAGGAGGACCAACAAGCCAGCUUCCAGGCUGAGCAGGGCUCUACUAAAGAAUUAAAAGUUAGGCUGCUAAACCACCUUUUAAAACAGAAUAAUCUGGGAUAUAAAUCUCAGACGAAUGAAUUAGGACCUACAGAGAAUGAGUUAAAACUUGCAGAUGGCUACUACAAAGUUCUUAAUAAUCCAGAUAAAAUAAUUAAGGAGUACAAUCAAGCGAAUAAAUAUGAAAAUAACAUACGAAUCUCAGCUAAGAAGAUGAGAAGAACAAAAUCAGCUAGGCCUGGUUCUCGACCUAAAACUUCCCAAAUAUCAAACCCAAAAAUCAAAGAAAGACCUCGAAAAGAGUACAUCGACGUAUGUGAGCCUAUCCAGGAGUAUAAAGCAGGGUUACUAAAUACAUCCAAGAAUAGAUCGACAGCAAACUUUAAGCUAAUCGAAAAAGUGUACAUGACUACACAGGGGGAAGAAAUAGAAAAUAUUACUGAUGCAAACAAAACAUUAAUUGCCCAUUUUAAGAAGACCAAGCUGAGAAAUACCAAGAGAAUUCAGUCGGCAGUUAGCAUUAGAAGGAAUGUCAGAUUUCAAAGCUCUAAAACAACAUUUAUGUCAACCGAAAAGGAAGGAGUAAAACAAUCAAAAUAUGAAACUACUGUAGAAAAUCUGGAAACUAUUUCUGGGUCUGAGAAAUCAGUCAAGUACAACAAGAACUCUUCUUUAAGCAACUUGAGAGAGAAUGUGGUAAAAUAUAUGAAUAAGGUUAACUUAAAUGUGAAAAUCCAAAACUAUUCACCUCAUAAGCAUGAAUCUAAAAGCUUAGCUAAAAGAAGUCAGAUAAAGCUGAUAGACGUACCAACCCCCAGAAAUGCUGUACAGGCUGCUAAUAAUCUGAUAAAUACAAUUGAUUAUCUCGAGAAGCACCAGCCUGUAACUCAAAAGCCAAAAUUUCUUGUAAAGAAUAGUCGGAAUCGGGGAUUUAGUAAUGUACAAAAUAAAAAUGCAAAAACAGAUCAAUUAAUCUUAAGAAGUCCGAAUAUUAUUUUCGACAAAAGUUCUCUCAAUCCAUUGCAACCAUCUCCUAUAAAGAACCCCGAGAAAGGUACUAAUGAUGAGUUUGAAGAGCUCGAGACGAAAAUGUUUAUGACUCUUGGUCCAAAGGCUUAUGAAGGACCUGUAAAGUCAGCACAAAGUGCUACUUCUCUCCCUAGAAAGAUUAUUACUAAGAAGAACAGACUUGCAAGCAUCCAUCCCUUAUAUAGGAACCAAUGGAAGAAGUACAAAAAGAGAAGGCAUAAGGCACUCAAUUAUGAAGAUACUAAAUCAGAGCAAAAGAAGAAGGUUUUGAAAAUCUCAAAAAAUAAAUAA